AUGGACGCGUCGUCGGACGCCGGCUGCUCUUCGUCCCUCGCAUCCCAGCCCCUCGAGCGCUCCGUCUCCCAAACCAGCGCUGCCUCGGCGCGCUCCCACCGCAGCGUCGUCCGCCGAAACCGCCGUCUGCUAAGCCAUCCCAGCAGCUCCGCCAGCAGCAUCGCCGCGAGCGACAAGUCCCUCACUAGCUUUCCCAACUUCUCCCCCGAGGAGCCCGGCAACGGCCGCUUCGACCUCGCCGCCUUUCAACGGCUCGACUACCGCGACCCGGACCGCGAUGCCGCCGAGCAGGAGCGACUCAAGACGGCUACCCAAGAGUCGGAGAAAGGGCGCGCACGGAACCUGAGCGGCGGCCGACCGGGCGUCUCUAUCGUCGACACCCUCACGGGCGGCAGGUCCGCGCGGGACGCCCUGUUCGAGGACGCGCCGCUCCGGCAGUCCAUCCCGGGCGCCCUGCACCGAGCCGACGACGAACACAUCGGCCGCCUCGUCGCCCGGCACGGCGCCGUCGCCCUCGUCAGGCAGAUCGCCGAGGACCUUGCACAGCGCGACAGCCAAAUCUCUGCCCUGCGGCGCAAAGCCGACGAGCGCGAACGCGCGUUACGGCGCAUCAUCCGCGAAUGCGGCCUCUCGAACCUCGACCUCGAGACGCGACUGCGCAGCGUGGAGAGCGAGCUGCGCGCCAACGACAAAGUCCAGCGAACCGAGAGCAGCGGGCUGACGGACUUGAUGAGCGACGCGAUGCAGGACACCAUGGCAGCCAACGCAUACGGCGAGACAGAUGGGGGCGCCUCGACCAUUCGCGCCGGUGCUGCUACCCUCUCUGUUCCUGGAACGACCGACAGCGCAAGCAACAACAAGGGGACCAUGCGAGGAUGGAAGGAUUAUAUACUGGGCACUGGCACGACGAAGCGAGCUAGUCGCACCAACAGCGUCAACGGCAAGGGCGUCAGCCAGACGGCGGUCGUCAGAUCACACUCGAGCAUGGAUCGCCGUCCGACGAUCCAGGAGGACCUGUUCAACCCACCCACCGAAUCCGGCUCCAAGUCAGUAAGAAGCGCAAGCCGCGCCUCCAGCGUGUAUUCAGGCAAUGCGUCUGAGCGCAAGUCGUCAGUGUCCCUGGCCAGCCUCGCGCUCCGGCUCGUGGCAGGCGGUUCGGCGACGCCUCGCGAGGCGGACCCCAGGGGCAGAGCCGCUACGACCUCGGUUCCCGCCGAGUCUGUCCGGGCUGUGUCUUCCGCCAGCGGAAGGACAGCGCCGUCGUCACGCGCUGUGUCGGUCGCCGGCGGGCCCAAGGCUCUGAUGGCAAUGCGACGUACCACGCCGGCACCCCAGGCCCCGGCCAGCACCAAGGGACAGGCUCAGGAGCUGUGGGGGAACAUGGUAGGGAGCCCGCCCGACCUGGCGGCAGCCAGGCAGGAGAGCUACGGACCGGUGGAGAUGGACGCUAUCCGGUCGCCCGAGUCGCAGCCCCCGACCCUCACGCACAUCUACAACAACUUCGCCAGCGGAGAAUUUUUGACUGACCGGUUUGGCUUCAUUUACGAUCAGCGACGGAAGAAGAGGCAACGCGAAGCGGCGCAGAUGGCGCAGAACAUUCGCAAGGGGAGCCGCGCCGAGAUGCUUAUGAACGGUCGUUCCGGCAUCUCGCCGAACCUGCUCGACGACCCAGUCCCGAGCCCCAAGUGGAGCGUGUCUAGCGAUGGCCGCCCCGAGAGCCCGGUCAGCCUGGAAGAGCGCGUGGCGGACGAGAACAAGCCGAAGCGCUGGCAAGACUACCUUCGAAUCGCAACGUUUCCGACCGAGCUGCUCAGCCACACGCCCAGCAUGAGCUUGCCGUCGCUCGAAGUGACGGAGGGGACUGACCUCCCAAGCGCGUCCCAGAGCCAGGCCAGCGAACCCGCCAAGACGUCGGGCAUCACGCCCACGAGCUCUGGCCUUGUGCCUCUGGCGAGCACGACGACGGCCAUCGACAACGAGACGACGCAGGCAACCGAGCCCGAGGCAAACGCCGGCACCUUGGUCAAGGAGGAUGCAGAGCCGGUUCGGCUCUUGCUCCAACAGCUGAGCGACGUGCACGACUCUCUGCAGCGUGACAAGACCGUCAAGUGGAACGACUUUCUACGCAAAGUCCGGGCAGAGCGACGGCGCGAGGGCGAGGCGGCCAUCGCCGCGGCGGCUGCAGUGGCAGAAGCACGGUACGAGACGCCGGCCAUGAUUCUGCCCGAGACGAGAGUGGCCGACGGCGAGAUCAUCGGCAUAGCGGGCCUGGGCAUCAAGGGCAAAGUGGGCAGAGCCAAGUGGAACGAGUUCAAGACGCUCGUGUUGGGCGGCAUUCCGGUCUCGUACCGGGCCAAGGUAUGGUCUGAGUGCUCCGGCGCCAACGCGCUUCGUGUCCCGGGAUACUACGAGGACCUCGUCGCCCAGAGCGGCGAGGACGACGAUGCCGUCGUGGUGGGCCAGAUCCAGAUGGACAUCCACAGGACGCUCACGGACAACAUCUUCUUCCGCAAGGGGCCGGGCGUGCAGAAGCUCAACGAGGUACUGGUGGCGUACUCGCGGCGAAACAAGGAGGUGGGGUACUGCCAGGGCAUGAAUCUCAUCACGGCCAACCUGCUGCUCAUCACGCCGUCGGCCGAGGACGCCUUCUGGAUCCUGGCAUCCAUCAUCGAGACCAUUCUGCCGCAGGGCUACUACGACCACUCUCUCAUCUCGUCGAGGGCGGACCAGCAGGUGCUGCGGCAGUACGUCUCGACGGUCCUGCCCAAGCUGUCGGCGCACCUGGACUCGCUCUCGAUUGAGCUGGAGGCCCUGACGUUCCAGUGGUUCCUGUCCGUCUUCACCGACUGCCUCUGCGCCGAGGCGCUGUUCCGGGUGUGGGACGUGGUGCUCUGCACAAACGACGGCAGCACGUUCCUGUUCCAGGUGGCGCUGGCGCUGCUCAAGCUCAACGAGCGCAACCUGCUGCAGUGCGAUACGCCGGCGGGGGUGUACACGUACAUCAACCACCACAUGACGGAGCAUGCCAUCAGCAUUGACGGCCUCAUCCAGGCCAGCGAGGGCCUACGCAAGGUGGUGCGCAGAGAGGACGUGGAGCAGCGGCGGGACAAGGCGAUCCAGGCCGAAAGAGACCUCGUGGCGGAGAGGCAAGGCACGCGGGCGACGACGAGAUCGGCCAUGAGCCACGACGACGACGACGCGGGGUCGCUGGCGGAGACGGAACCCCGACCCAUGGACAGCUGA